AUGGGUCCUCAGCACCUUCUGAUGACUGUGCUGCUCGUGGCCUAUGCAAAGCCAACGAAGGCCUCCCAGUUCUGCAGCUACCUGGCGUCCUGGAACCCAGACAAGAAAUGCUGCUUUAGUUGCCUAGAGCACUUCGGGCCACCUCCCUGCCCAGACCAGGAGUUCAUAGAAAACUGUGGAAUGAGCGACACAGGCGAUUACCGAAAAUACCCCUUCAGAAACUGUUCCCCUGGACAGUGCAACCCUGAUGGAGCAGAGCUGUGUAGGCCCUGCGGGGCCCCACCCUCAGCUCCCACCAGUAGCCAAGGUGGAACCCAGAGUCGCUGUAGAAAGAGGCCCAUCCCUCCCAAGAAGCCCUGCAAUCGGGCCUUUACAAAAGCCGCUGUCCUACCCACCCAAGAGAUCAGCUCACCUGUCCUACCCACCCAAGAGAUCAGCUCACCGGCGACUUCCAGUCUGUGGCGGCCUACUUAUCGGCAGCACACCUCCAAAGGCCGUCCCUUUGAGCUCACCUUCCUGAAUUUCACCCUACCUGUGGUGGUGGUCUUCCUCGUGGCCUUCUUACUGAUCCUCCUGCUCGCUGUGCAAAGGCAGUGUGGCUGGGAAUGCAAGAAGCCCGACCCCCUUCCCUUACUUUGCAGCAGCCAAGACCCCCCUGUCCACUUGCAUUUGCCCUCCUCAGGCUCUCUGAAGGCCUCAGAACUGGGAUGUGCGCACGUUUCUCUGCUUCCCUUCCGGGGCACAGAGCUACUGGCCCUGGAGAAGCAGCCUGUCUCUCGCCUCCUGGAUGAACUGGAGGUACUAGAAGAGCUGAUUGUGCUACUGGACCCCGAGCCAGGCCCAGGUGGGACCCCUGCCUGUGGCACCACUCGACACCUGGCCGCGAGAUACGGACUGCCUUCUGCCUGGUCCAACUUUGCCUACUCGCUUCGGCCCAGUCGCUCCCCACUGCGGGCCCUGCUUGAGAUGGUUGUAGCAAAAGAGCCCACUGCCUCUCUGGGCCAGUUUGCUGUGUACUUGACCCAAGUCGGGCGUGCUGAUGCAUUGCAAGUGUUGGCCAAGCUCAAAUGAUCUGGAGUAGCCAGCCUCAUACUCAAUAAAGCUUCCUUUGAACCUGUCUCCUGUCUCGGGGCCUUAUGA